GCGCUCGGGGCCGGCCGGAAGUUUGCGCCGAGUGUCAUGGCGGCGGCUCGUGUGAGGUAGCGGGCAGUGCGCGGCGGGGCCGGGGCCGCAUUCCUCCUCCAAGAGCGCUCGGUGACCCCGGAGCGGCCCCGGCGAGGAGAAGAGGCGCCGCCACAGAGCGCGGAGUGCUGUGAUGUGAGCUCGGGCGGGAUAAGCAAUCUUGCACAGUGUCUCCAGGACUGUUUCCACCAGUAGGAUUUCACCUGGCCCCUUCCUUUGAGUUGGCAUUUCGAAUCUAUGUGUGAGACAUUAGCCAAAAUGAAUAACAAAAUAAAUUAUUUGUUAAAUACUGUCAGGUGCGUGCAUAGGUGCAGUUCUGUGCUCGUUUCCCAAUCUUCAGCCACAACAAGAAAACACUUUUCCAGGGGAUCCCUACAUCUGCCCAUUCAUAAAAAUGUGAACUUUAGGAAAUCGUUUUUAAAUAUUUUACCAUCUCUGUAUGGAUCAUCUGUUCAAUUUCUGUCUCAAAGGAUAGAUGUUUCUAGCAUAGGUGCUGAAAUACAACCAGAGAAGAGUACAGAGGCUUUGUUGAGUGAGCAUGAUCCCCAGAGCUCCUUGGAACUUGAUAAGUGGGAUGAUUCUGGGAGCUCCAAAGAGAGGCAUGUGAGGGAUCGUAGUGAACCAUUUUUUAACAGCCUCCAGAAAUGUAGCUGCCCAUCCGAUGUACUGGACUUGGCUUCAGAGUCUGCUGUUUCCAUUAAGCACUUCACAAACUGUUUAACUACAGUAUGGAGGCUCUUCAAAAACCUCUCCGAAGACCAGCAGCGUUAUGAGAGGCAGCUGAUCUUUGAGCAUCCAGCUUUUGUCAAGCUUUGUCAGCACCUGCUGCGGGACUGCCGCAGGAUGACGCGGGGUGACCUGGUGUUCAGCCUGCAUGCUGUAGUGAACCUAGGCGUUCCUCAGAACACUCUCCUGGUCCAGACUUUGGUGAGGGUGUGCCAAGAGAAGCUCAAUCAACUUGAUAACCGAUGUAUCUCAGUUUUGGCAACUACUCUAACAGGGCUGAAUAAAGACAAGAACGUGAACGCUCUUCAAGCUGGCUUACAGUUACUAGUGGAGCAGCGCAUUCCGAGUAUCAAAGACAUCUUUAUACUGCAAAACCUGAUGAGAUGCAUGGGAAAAGAUGCUCCAGUCUUUCUGAAAAAGAAAUUAGAGAUGGCGAUUCUGAAAGAGAUAGACCAUCUGACUUUCCUGAAUGCUAUGCGUGUGUUUUUGGCUCUUGUUGCAAUGAAUUAUUGUUCCAUUCCAAUCCUGAAUGCCUGCAGUAAAAAGAUCCAGGAAAAUGUCCACGAUGUUCCAUUUCGGCAGUUAAUUCUCAUUCUGGAAGCUUGUUACAGUCUCCAGUACCGUAACGUAAAACUAUUUUCAGCAUUAGCAGACUAUGUGCAUUCUACUGUCUGCCUUUGGGACAAAAAACAGAUUAUCCAUUUUCUUUCUGCCUUCGAGACGCUUGGUUUUCAGCCUAGUGAGCUGAUGGAUAUUUUUGCUGAGAAGGUGACAAAAGACCCUGAAUUCCUCAACUUGAAAGAGCUUUUGAUUGUUCUCCGAGUGUAUUCACGACUCAACUAUGUUCCCAGAGACCAAAAGCAUCUGUUUUUUGAGACUCUUCAUAGCUGCUUGAAUAAGUACCUCCCUCAGAUUUCCAACACAGAACUGCUGAAGGCAGUGUAUUCACUUUGCAUCUUAGGAUAUCUUCCUCAUCGUGCACUUGAUGAGCUGCUGGAAAAGGACAGCAGGGAUGAACUUCUACUGUCAGGUGAUCCUUACAAAGAAACAAAGGAAACGAUGCUUCGCUGUGUGAAAACAUGUAUGGAACUUGAUAGCCCUUCCUUCACGAAGCCUGCAUUUGUGCUGACUGAGAAUUUCUCCUCAUUAGUAUCUGUGAAUCUCAGAAAGGCUCAGGAGGCACUGAUAGAACUCCUGGGAGACGAGAACAUGUUUUUGCAAAAUGUUCAGCUGCCAUAUAAAUAUCAUAUCGAUUUUGAAAUCAGAAUGGAUUCAGACAGAAAGGAAGUGCUCCCAAUAACAGCAACAGAUGUUCAUGCUGGCUCGAACAUUCAAAGGUUGGCUCUUCUCUUUGUUCCUCUCUCUGCCUUCUGUGUGGGUACAAUGCACCCCCAAGGGAAGCUGGCAAUGAAGAACCGGCAUCUGAAUAAACUGGGUUAUCACGUCAUUCUGGUCCUGAACAAGAAGUUUCAGGAAAUGACAAAUGAAGAUGCAGUUGAAUUUUUGAAAGGAAAAAUUUAUUCAGAAAAUGCUUUCUCUUUCUCUGAAGUGACUGUGCAGGAUAAUAAUUGAAAUAAACUAACAGUUUGGGGUCUCCUGAUCUCUCUUUUUCCUAUGUAGUUAAUGCUAGGUUUUAAUGGAAGAGAAAAGCAGCUUUAUGGAAAACUGCCUGCUCCAAAGUAUUGCAAAUUGAGAAAAGUUUGUAAAGUGAACAGUGUCUGCUGAUAGUGGGUGUUCUCUUUUGUGAAGUGGGAGUGGAUUUUCUUUAGUGGAAGGAAAUAUUUAAUUAAUCCAAAAUCAUGCUGGUAUUUAUUACUGUUGAAAUUUCUUAAAAUAAUUUUAUCAUCAUUUUUCUUCCCCUCCUCAUGCUCCAAGUCAAUUUUUUCUCUUUUCUCAAGAUGAGUGAGGGAAAGGAAGUGACUGUUUCAAAUGCUAUUGGAAUCUAGCCCACAAAUACAUGCUAGGAUUCCCCCUAUCAUCCCCUGGAUUCUUUAUGUAGAACUGUAGACGGUCAAGCAGUAAAUAACUCAGCCUAAGGGGUUUAUUAAAAGCUGCAACGUUAUGUGGAAAGUUUCUGAAGAGCUCAGUCUCACCCAGUUUUCAGAAGUUCAGGCUGAUAAUGGUUCAUUAGCUGUAUGCUUUUUCUUUUGAACCCUUUGUGUCACUAUUACUGGAAUAGAUUUUUAUACUUUGCUACAAGAACAUGGCUCUGGCAUGUCUUUAUAAGGUGAUUCUUGCUCUCCGUUUCUGCUAUUUGUGUCUCCACAACUGUUUGAAGAGGGGUUGCACUGCUUAGAUUUGUUCAUUACAUAGUGUGGUGCACCUCCACUGACCCGUUAGGUAGUGGUGGAAUUGGUUAUGUUGGCAGAGACCUGGAGGUUCAAAGGAGCUUUGGGCCUUCUUGCUGGAGGAGCAGAGAGAACUGGUACAUCUCUUUUGUCUUGGUAACAUUUGUUUUUGGUAACUUUUACUGGUAAAAACCAUUUGUUGUGCAGGAGUUGCUGAAGACAUAGCAAUAGCGUUGGAGUGCUCAAAAUACAUUUGCCAACGCCAGCUUUCUCAUUUCUGUGGUGUAAUCAGAUCUUCAGUCACGGUUUAGCGGUACCAUAGCCACAGCUCGACGGGCAGGAAGGGAAACACCGCCACGAGGCUCUGUGCUGCC